AGUCUUUUCUAUUAUCCACCCCAAGUAGCGCUGCAGAUGCUGCAGAAGCAGACAUUUCCGUGUUUUUUUUUUCUUUUCUCUUUUUAUUUCGUUGACCGCGUUGGCCAAUGCCGUCGAGUGAUUCAUAGAGGCAGCCGUGUAUCUGUUGCUUGCGCGUUGUUUGAUGUCGCCGAUGCGAGAGGUGAUGUGAUGCUCUCGCCCCAGCGACAACAACAAAGGCUUCGGAGAAAAGAGCGGCGAUGAUACGAAGCCCGACGACUUCGGAUGCUCAAAAGAUCGCAGUGAAAGCCGCCGAGAACGCCUUUGACCGCGAGACGCUCCGUGCGGUGGUCGCCGCGUACGGACAGUCGCAAUGCCCAUGAGUGCGUACGGCAAUGGCGAGUCCGGCGGCAUCCGGACGGUGCUGCGCGCGAUGGCAGCACGCUGUUGCUCGGCGUCGAGCCUGGCCACUGCCCUGGACGUGCUGGUGCUUUUGGUGGUACUGGUCUUCCAGGGGAGCACCCUGGAUUUCUACCUGAUACGGAGCAACGAGGGCUCGGUGGCCUGGUACUUCUGGUUCCUUGCGGACUUCCUCGUCCUCAUUGCCAUCAUGUGCGCCGUCUUCUUCGCCCGGCGGCACUACCGGAGGAUGGCGCAGCGUGAGGAAGACGCCCCCCAGGAAGACUGCCCCCACCCGGUGUGGGGCCGCUUCCCGCUCUGCUACGUCUCCUGGCUGCUCUACUCCCUCCUCCUCGUGGCCAAGGUGGUGCUCCUCUUCCGCCUGGAUGUGGCGCAGCUGCUCGAAGAGAACGCCCGUUACGGGGUGCAGUUCCUGAAGGCGGUGGUGGCGGCAGCGGCGGUGGUGUUCCUGCUGUUGGUGGAGGGCCACCACGACGCGGCGUCGCAGUCGGAGCAGCGCACCUACCUGCGCUCCCUGUCUACGGGCACCACCUUCGAGCUACUGGACAGCGUCACUUUCCUGGGGCUGCUGUUCCCCAACGAGACCCACCUCACCCUCACCUACCCGCUCGAGAACGCCGUGCUUGCCCUCGCCUGCGUCAACUUCGUGCUGCCCGGCCUGGCGCUGUUCAAGCUGAGCCAGUGCGAGUAUGGCCUCCGCCCGCGCCCCUUGGGUCUCAAGCUCCUCUACAAGCUGCUCCACCUGUCGCUGGUCAACGUGCCCUACCUGGCCAUCCGCGUCUACCUCUGGGGCUUCUUUGGACACGACGUGUCGCUCUUCAUCGUCAAGAACCUCCUCGGUAUCUACGCCGGGAUUCGAGCCCUGGUCCCCGACCUGCGACUCUACUGCUUUCUGCUCAGCGAGCGCGGAGCGCGCAAGAGAGUCGGUGACGCCGAAGCGCGCGACCCCAUCGAGCUCAAGGUCAUGUGCGACGACCGGCUGCGCAACGACGACGACGAACCCACACCGUCGCACGGCAAGGCCUCGUAGCUGAAGUCGUGCCAUCGAGGUCGCGUCAUUCUUCAAGAUGCUGUCUCGCCAAACGGAUCUUAAUCGGUGGCCGCCUUGUCGAAGAAACCGUUUGUUUGAUUGGACGGUUGUUGGCCGGGGAUUCGUUGAAGCGUUAAGGCCCCUUCACACAGUUGUAUCUGCUUACGACCGAGUCUUUUCGAUUUCUUAUGACUAGAGAACGCACUGACACGCUGGCGCUGUUUAUGAGGCGGCCCAGGAACUGGAUUUUGCCGUUACGAGGGCUUUGCGAUAAUUGGGAAAUCAAAUGUAUGUGCUAUAUACGAGAAACGCUCGUAGAUAACGUUGUAAAAACUUCUGAGCCAAAAAAAAAAAAAAAAGAAUGAUGCAUGAAAAAAAAAAAUGUGCAAAUUGUCGAGUGUUUACUGUUUUACCCACUAGAUUGCGCCAGUGUAAUCUCGUUGCAAGAGGUUUUAAAACACAUGGUCGUAAGCAGUCGCAAGUGUGUGAAGGGGCCUUUAGCCCCGAUGUCGAGCUGUUUCAUGGGACGGCGGUGCGUUGCCGUAUCAUACUCAGCCGAAAAGUGGUUUCGUAAACAGACUGUUAUUUCGGCGACCCGUUGUUAAAACGCGGUUGGCUCAUAGUCUGUUGAGGUCACAGCUGAAGCUGAAGCUGUUUUGUGGAACAGUGUAGCGCUGCACAAGUCCUAGUUGAAGAGGGGUUUCGUUAUCCGGAUAUCUGUGGUAGCUUGUCGGAGGGCUGUUUGUCGAAUGCCAAUUUGUUUGUUGGGUGGCAAUUUCUCGAGUGAUGGCUCAUUAAAGUGGAGCCUGUUAGCAAUGUUAGUAUCUGAAGUCAUUGGAUCUUUAUUGCAAACAAAGCAACAUGACUGCAAAACAUGCGUGUGUGCGUGGAUUGCGGCCACACGGCAGAAAUGCUAGUGCAAAAUGGAAGUCUUCUGUGCCAUGCACUGUGCACACACUUUUGUCGCGGUACUUUAAAACACUUCACAUUGUUAUAAAUAUGUUUUGGCAAGAGUUUACUAUUGCGGAGCAAAAGUUCGUCCGUUUGUUGUGCGGGGUUGCGGUGAUGUCACAAGGACGAGCUCUGAUUUGCUCCGAUUGGAAGCAUAGCGGGUGGACCUCUAUGCUUCCUGCCUCAAGGUCUACUUGCCAUCCUCCCAAUUGGCGCUCGGCAAUCGGACGUCACAGCAACCCCUGCGCAAGAAGCUGAAAAACUUGCACUCCAUCUUGAAAGCACUGUUGAAUGAUGAUUUGUUCAGCAGUAGAUCACCACGCAACAAUUUAUGAACCUUGUUGAGAAUGUACCCUACUUUAACGAUAAAUAUUUCAGAGCAAAUUGUAAUUCGCUGGCAGUCCUUUUGGGAAAGGCUUGUUCACAGUUGCAUACUAGUUGUGCGUCACGAGCUAUGUAGAACAAGGCGCAUGGGCAAACUGCUGAGCACUUUACAUGCCGGUAAACGACGAGACCGAUGUAAGAACCAGAACACACGAAAGCGAUCUGAUGAAGGCUCGGUGAGAUUUAUAGAUGCAUGGCAGGAGUCUACUGUAGUGCCAAAGUUGAAUGGACGUUCGUUUCGCAUGUCCAGACACGUUCCAGAACAACCUUUCCUUACAUUCGUACAGUUGACCGUGCCAAGUUGCAGUUGUUCUUUUGGGAUGCUGUGAUAUCACAACAGGUACUUCCUGCUGUAAUUUGAACCCCAAACCGAACUGAGGCGGUGGUCGACAAGACUUUGUUCUUCGGGAACUUCGUUCGGCGAGGAAUGGUGGAAAGGAUACGCUGCCUACCAUCGAGACAAGUCUCCUGCAACGCUCCAGGGCCAAGAGCUGUAGAGAUGAUAUUUUCCUCCCGUUGGAUGUCGUCAUCGAAAACCAGAAUGUGUGUGGGUUAAAAUUGUUUUUGUUUGUUUGUUUGAAACGGUCUUCCUAUUCCUGGUUUGUGGGAGAUAUGCGUAUACGUUCCAUGUAACAUUGUACCUGAUUGCAAAAGAGACCGAGCGGCAAGUUUGUCAUUCUUCAGUAGACGACUGAUGUUAGCAAAAGGCCUUGCGAGAUCUUUUUGUUUUGUUUUGUCUUUUAGAUACCAAGAGCACACUUGUUUAUGACUCUCUUGAUGUGGGUUGAGUUUUAGCCCUCUGCUGACUGGAUUUCGGGUGCAUCCCGUUCGUGGAAGCCCCAGCAGGCGGACACUUGUGCAGCUCACAAUUUUUACAGUCGUCGCCGCACAGGUCGGCGCGUCAUUUGCUCAGCUUUACCGAUGCUUACGUGCCACCAGUCUCCAACUUCACUGAGUGUUCGAGGUUGUUCACGGCAGAGUGGACCUUUAAUUACGAAGACGUGCCAUGUGCCAUUGUUGUGUAAGGGGGGCGAGAUCUUCAUCCCGCGUGUGUCUGGGGGAGGGCAGAGUUUUGUAAACGCUUUGAAUUGGCGUAUGCAUUGCUGCAGCUUGCCUUUGGGUGGCGAAAGGGAAAUGCUGAAAUGCUCAUGGUAGCUUUAAAAGCUUGUAACAAAGGACAAGAGCCAAAUUAAAAUGCCAAAGAGACAAAA